AUGACACAAGCACUUCACCAUACGCACGAGCCAAUCUGCGAUUGCCCAAAAAAAGAAAUUGUUCGUACAAUUCAUAUCAACAACCAGUCGUUAAAUGAAGAACAAGAAUUUUUGCAUAAUGGUGUAACCACAGGAAAGUACAAUUUAUUGACCUUCUUGCCAAAAUUUCUGUAUGAAGAGUUUUCAAAGUAUGCCAAUAUUUUUUUCUUGUUCAUAUCCUGCAUUCAGCAAAUACCUGGUGUCUCUCCCACGUCAAGAUGGACUACACUCGUACCAUUAGUCAUCGUUCUACUGAUUACCGCCGUAAAGGAGAUCAUUGAAGAUUGGGGCGUGCAUCGAUCGGAUGCUGAACUCAAUUCAAAGAAAUGUAAGGUGCUACAAGGAACACAGUUCAUUGAACAAAGAUGGAGAAACAUUAAGGUGGGUGACAUUGUUCGUGUUGAAAGCGGUGAGCAUUUCCCUGCGGAUCUCAUCUUGAUCAGCAGCAGUGAGCCAGAUGGGCUGUGUUAUAUUGAAACAAGCAACUUGGAUGGCGAAGUGAACUUGAAGAUUAAACAAGCUUUACCACAGACAGCACAUAUUUUAAAUCCAGUUGAUGUGAGCCAACUGCAAGGUGUGAUCAGAUCAGAACAGCCCAACAACCGUUUAUACAAUUAUGAUGGUACUCUGUCCAUUUCGUCACUUGGCUCUCAGAGACGCGAUCUUCCCUUGGAUCCUACUCAGUUGUUGCUCAGAGGGGCUCAGUUGCGCAACACAAGCUGGGUCUAUGGCAUCGUCAUCUUUACUGGUCAUGAAACAAAGCUGAUGUUAAACUCGAGUAGAAAACCAUCAAAGGUGUCCAAUGUCACUCGAAUUACAAAUAGAAACAUUAUGUACCUGUUUUGGAUCUUGCUUGGUAUGAGUCUUGCCGGUGCUAUUGGCGGUGUUCUCUUCUCAAUGUAUAAAGGCCAACAGGCCACAUACCUGCCUCUUCAUUCUUGGAGUCAUGGUCAAGAGUUUGGAUACGAUAUUUUGACAUACUUGAUCCUCUUUAGUUCCUUUAUUCCUAUCAGUUUAAUGGUCACUAUGGAGAUUGUCAAAUUCGCAUUAGCUUAUUUGAUCGAAAACGAUAUCGAUCUGUAUUAUGAAAAGGCCAAUACACCUGCUACGGCCCGCAGUAGCAGUCUGAUUGAAGAGCUAGGACAAGUCAAGUUUAUAUUUUCAGAUAAAACCGGAACUUUGACAUGUAACGAAAUGCAAUUUCGUCAAGCUUCGAUUGCUGGACUCUUUUAUGCAGACCAAGUAGAUGCUGAGAGACGAGCUCGUGGUGACGGCCAAGAGCUAGAUCCUAACGCGCAGUACACCUUUGAUCAACUAAAACAACACUUGAACACGCACUCAACAGCUAAUGUCAUUAACGAGUUUUUAACACUUCUAGCAGUUUGUCACACUGUUAUUCCAGAACGAGAAGAGGAUACAUACCAGAUUGUCUAUCAAGCCUCUUCCCCAGACGAAGGAGCGCUUGUCAAGGGAGCCGCUUCCUUAGGAUAUACGUUCCAUACGCGUCGACCAAACUCAGUAACGUGCACUAUCCUCGAUCAAGAGCUAGAAUACCAAGUACUUAAUAUCUGUGAAUUCAAUUCCACACGAAAGCGUAUGUCAGCCAUCAUCCGUGGACCAGAUAAUAGGAUAAAGCUAUAUUGUAAGGGGGCUGAUACAGUUAUACUCGAACGACUGGCCCAGGAUAAUCCAUUUGUUGAACCGACUCUGCUUCAUUUGGAAGACUGUGCAUCAGAAGGCCUUCGCACCUUGUGUAUUGCUAUGCGUGAGAUAUCAGAGGAAGAGUACGCUCAUUGGUCACAGAUACAACAAGCAGCAUCGACUACACUUGUCAACAGAGCUGAGGAGCUUGAUAAAGCAGCCGAAUUGAUUGAGAGAGAAUUAUUCUUGCUUGGUGCAACAGCCAUAGAAGAUAGACUUCAGGAUGGUGUCCCUGACGCGAUUCAUACCUUACAAGAGGCAGGAAUUCAUGUGUGGGUCUUGACUGGAGAUAGGCAAGAAACAGCUAUCAAUAUUGGAUAUUCCUGUAAAUUGCUCAAUGAGGAUAUGAGCUUGAUUGUCUGUAAUGAAGACAAUCACUGGAGCACCAAGGCAUAUUUAGAAAAAAAACUAAAGGAUAUUAAUGAAGUGAUGAUAAAAGGCGAAGAACUAGAACCUUUGGCUUUAGUGAUCGAUGGAAGAGCGUUGACGUUUGCUCUUGACAAGAGUGUAGAAAAGACAUUCUUUGAUCUUGCUGUUCUCUGUAAGGCUGUGAUUUGUUGUCGUGUGUCGCCACUCCAAAAAGCACUUGUGGUCAAAUGUGUUAAAAAGUAUGAUAGAUCUAUUUUGCUUGCCAUUGGUGAUGGUGCUAACGAUGUAUCGAUGAUCCAAGCUGCUCAUGUGGGCGUAGGCAUCAGUGGCGUAGAAGGCUUACAGGCAGCACGAAGCGCGGACUUUUCUAUUUCGCAGUUUAAAUUUCUCCGAAAGUUGUUGCUCGUUCAUGGUGCUUGGGCAUAUCAACGUAUGAGCAAGAUGAUCUUUUACUACUUUUACAAGAAUGUCACACUUUAUUUAACGCAGUUUUGGUAUGCGUUUUACAAUGGAUUCUCAGGAUCGACACUUUAUGAAUCAUGGACAAUGUCAUGUUUUAAUGUAUUCUUUACCUUCUUGCCUCCUAUAGUGAUCGGUGUCUUUGAUCAGAUUGUGUCUACUCGUAUGUUGGACCGAUAUCCUCAAAUGUACACUCUAGGCCAAAGGAAUGUUUUCUUUAAUCAAAAGAAAUUCUGGGGAUGGAUCGCCAAUGCAACAUUUCAUUCACUCGUCUUAUUCUUCUUGGGAGUGGCUGCCUUCAGAUCAGAAGGUGUUUUUCGUAAUGGAUUACUAAGCGGACAGUGGUGGGUUGGUGCUUCCGUAUUUACGAGUGUACUAGGUUGUAUCUUAUGGAAAGGAGCCUUGAUUAUUGAUUACUGGACAAAAUACACCGCCAUCGCUAUGAUUGGCUCCAUGGCUAUAUGGUUUUUGUAUCUGAUCAUUGUUGUAUAUAUUGCCCCGGCUAUAUCCGUAAAUGCUCUACCAGAGUAUUAUGGUAUAGUACCUAUGCUUUGGGGAAAUGUCAACUUUUGGCUGUUUUUGAUCAUUGUGCCCUUUAUAUGUAAUUUGCGUGACUUUAUAUGGAAGUAUGGAAGAAGAGUGGUCAGACCUACAACAUAUCAUCAUGUCCAAGAGAUACAGAAAUACAACUUACCAGACUACAGGCCGAGAAUGGAUCGAUUUAGACAAGCAGUUAACAAGGUGCGUCGUAUUCAACGUCUAAAGAGAAAUCGAGGCUACGCAUUUUCCCAAAAUGAAACAGAUCAGACCAAAAUAAUAAGAGCAUACGAUACGACCCUACAAAAACCGGUUGGUUAA